GCGGCACCCGCGGCGGCGGCGGCCCGGCGGCAGCAUGGGCUGGAGCUGACAGCGCCCGCCCCGCAGACGCUGCUGAGCGCUGCCGGCGGGGGAGCAGAGGGAGCGCGGCCGCGGGGAAGGGAAAAGUUGCCGCGUCCGCCCGGGGAAACUUUGUGCAGCCGAGGCGGGGAGGGGGCGGCGGAGCCGAGCCGUCCGGUGCGGUGCGGUCCCUGCGCGGCGCGGCGCUGAGGCGGCGCGGGGGUCAUGCCCGCCGCCAGCUUGCUGCCGCUCUUCGGUAGCGCGGCGGGGCCGGGGACGCUGGGCGGCCCCGCGGGCAGCGGCGCGGGCGGCGGGGGCAGGAAGGCGGCGGGCCCCGGCGCGUUCCGGCUGACGGAGAAGUUCGUGCUGCUGCUGGUGUUCAGCGCCUUCAUCACCCUCUGCUUCGGGGCCAUCUUUUUCCUGCCCGACUCCUCCAAGCUUCUCAGCGGCGUCUUCUUCCACUCGGCCGCCCUGCAGCCGCCGCCGCCGCCGCCCGGCGGGCAGCCCCGCGCCCCUCCGCAGCCCGGAGGCGGCCCGGCGGCGGCGGCGGCGGCCGCGGACGGGGCGGGCAGCCUGGAGCGGAUCCGCGCGGACCACGAGCGGGCUCUGCGGGAGGCCAAGGAGACGCUGCAGAAGCUGCCCGAGGAGAUCCGCAGAGACAUCCGCCAGGACAAGGAGAAACUUCUGCAGGACGCCCGCGGCAGGAAGGAGGCGGGUGCCCCCGGGCUGCCCCAGCGCCUUUUCCGCCAGCCCGUCGGCGCCGUGGGGCAGGAGCCCGCCGACCCCGAGGUCCGGCAGAGGAGGGAGAAAAUCAAAGAGAUGAUGAAGCACGCCUGGGAUAAUUAUAAGCGUUACGCGUGGGGAUUAAAUGAACUGAAACCUAUAUCUAAGCAAGGACAUUCGAGCAAUUUAUUUGGUAACAUACAAGGAGCGACAAUUGUGGAUGCCCUUGAUACAUUAUACAUCAUGGAAAUGAAAGAGGAGUUCAAGGAAGCCACGGAGUGGGUUGAAAAAAACUUGGAUUUCAAUGUGAAUGCUGAAAUUUCCGUAUUUGAAGUCAACAUUCGAUUCGUCGGUGGACUACUUUCAGCUUACUAUCUUUCAGGAGAAGAAGUUUUCCGAAAAAAGGCAGUGGAGCUUGGAGAGAAAUUGCUACCUGCUUUCAACACUCCCACUGGGAUACCUUGGGCAUUACUUAAUAUCAAGAGUGGAAUCGGUCGAAAUUGGCCAUGGGCCUCUGGUGGAAGCAGCAUUUUGGCAGAAUUUGGGACUUUGCACCUGGAGUUUGUACAUUUGAGCCACCUGUCUGGAAACCCUGUCUUUGCUGAAAAGGUAAUGAAUAUCCGAAAAGUUCUAAAUCGCCUGGAUAAACCAGAGGGCCUUUACCCCAACUACCUGAAUCCCAGCAGUGGCCAGUGGGGCCAGCAUCAUGUCUCCAUUGGAGGGCUUGGGGAUAGCUUUUAUGAAUAUCUGCUCAAGGCAUGGCUGAUGUCAGACAAGACAGAUGAAGACGGCAAGAAAAUGUAUUAUGAUGCUGUUCAGGCCAUAGAGACGCACCUCAUCCGAAAGUCGAGCGGGGGCCUGACGUACAUCGCCGAGUGGAAGGGCGGAUUGCUGGAGCACAAGAUGGGACACCUCACUUGUUUCGCUGGAGGCAUGUUUGCUCUGGGAGCAGAUGGAGCCCCCAGUGACAAGACAGGCCAUCACAUCGAGCUGGGUGCUGAAAUUGCCAGGACUUGCCAUGAAUCCUAUGACCGUACACGAAUGAAACUGGGACCAGAAGCCUUCAGAUUUGAUGGCGGUGUUGAGGCCAUUGCUACAAGACAAAAUGAAAAAUACUACAUCCUACGGCCAGAAGUCAUAGAGACCUACAUGUACAUGUGGCGCCUCACUCACGAUCCAAAGUACAGGGAGUGGGGAUGGGAAGCUGUUGAGGCACUGGAAAAACACUGCAGAGUAGACGGCGGCUAUUCUGGCAUUAGAGAUGUUUAUAGCAAUCAUGAAAGCCAUGACGAUGUGCAGCAAAGUUUCUUCCUUUCAGAGACACUCAAGUACCUGUAUUUGCUGUUUUCUGAAGAUGAUCUUCUUCCAUUUGAACACUGGGUCUUCAACACAGAGGCUCAUCCUCUUCCUGUUCUUCACAAAGAUGAUGGGAAUAAAGAAGAAAACCAGAAAUAGAUUAAGAUUAAUUUAUACUUUGUUUCAUUCCUUACGUUUCCAGGACUUGGGCACAUGACUUGAUUUUAAAUUCCUAAGUUAAAUUUUUUAAUCAAGUGUUUUGCAGUCUGUUUUCUUUAAUGCUAAAUUUUUAUGACUGUACCCAAUUAAUUAUGAUAAAACCUUAAUCCUCUAAUUCAGAUUAAUACCUUCUUAGAAGUGAAAUAGGGUAUCUUCCCAGAUUCUCUUAGGCUGCAGUAUCAUUUGGCCAAAAAAAGCAGAAGGUCUGCAUGUUACUUGUUUCCUGUUAUGCUUUUAAUUUGACUGCAAAAUUCUUCUCUCCUCUGUGAGGAGAUGUAUGCUUUAAGCUGUAAUAUUUUGCCAUGUUGCAAAAAGCCAUAUUGAAUUAAGUAUAAAGAGCUUUUUUCUUUUUUUUUUCUUUUUUUUUUUUAUGUUCUAUGUUAGUUUGUUUUGUGUGUCAUCCAGGACAAAUCUUGUGACUGUGACAGCCUCUUCCUAUGCGGGUCUAUCAUUACUUGCUGGAGUAUCUGAUGUAUUUCACUGUCAAUGAAGUCGACAUAGGGGUAUUUCAUCUCAUGCAGACACAACUCUGAAACUGCAGUAUAAGUUGAAGUUAGAUUAAACUAGUUUCUAUGGAUUUAGCACAUUAGUUAGCCGACCUUAGUUUUUCAGGUUUUGAUUAGAAUAUUGUAAUAGAAUAAAUUGUUUCCUCCCUUUUCUAGGUGGUGUUAUUCUUAUGUCUUUAGUCAAGCUACUAUGGAGUAAAAUAAGAUAAUCAUUUCAUAUUAAGAAAGGGUCUAUUAACCUUCUUUAUAUAUUAAGUCCAGUAGCUUUCAUUUGGUUGGUUGGCAAAAAGAAUCCACUCAACAACAUUCUCCUGGAAGUUCAGAAUUAUAUCAGAUACAGUUUGUUUGUUUUUCUGUUACUUUUGCAAAGAUUUAGGUAGGUCCAGACUUGACACCAGACUUGACGGUUAUUUGUCACAAAGCAAUUUAAUGUCUCUGUAUGAAUAAAGAUGGACGUUCAAAUGCCUUGAAGGAAAUCUGCCUCCUCAAAAGAAGAGAAGUCAUGCAGAGAGGAAGUUAUCCUGCAUUGAACUAAAACUUUCUGACAACACUGUCUUGUCUUAAGUAACAGAAAUGCAAUGUGCUUAAAAAUAUUCCUUAGAGUAGAGGCUUAUUAAGAAAGGUAACAGCUUUGCCAAAAAUGUUUUGCUCUGUGGCAUCACCAAAGGGAAAAUGAAAUGAGGCACAAUUAAUUCCUGUUUUACUUGGUUUGAAGUGGUUUACAUGAUUUUUAAGUCUACCUGUUUUCAUUUAAUGAUGGGAUGACUUCCAUGCAUUUCAGGUAGGAAAUACCUGGCUUCCCAUUCUGAGAAAGAACAUUAUCCAUUGAUUGGACUGCAGUGGAACAAAUCUGGUUCUGAACAGGACGUUCUUGAAUGGUAUUUAGUAAGAUAGCUCACAUGUCCAGCAUUGCUAAUCACAGCUGAGGGAACACAUUUGUUUAGGCUUUAGAGUACAUUUUUUCUAUGCUGAUAGAGGUCUGCAGUGGAGGUUUGCUUAGGUAGAAGCCAAAAAUAACUAAUUACACUUAUAUAUAGCAGCUGGAAGCUGAUCCAUAGAGCUUGCCCUCAAGUCUGUAAAGACAGCGCUGCCUGCUGAAAGAGGACAUAGCACGUGCCACACAGGCUGCCAAAGACACUGGUGCAGGGCACAAGGCAAGGAUCCACUGAUGCUCCAGCACAGGCUUGGCAGAGCUGGGCAUUCCUAUAUGGGAGUUACUGGGGUACCUUGGUGAGCCUGGGCCACCCAGCACUGGGAGAAUGGAUAGAAAUGGAUGUGCAGGUAAAGCCUGCUUACACAGAGCCAGCACAGCGGCUCAAAACUUUUUGCUCCACUGUUUUUUUAAUUAUUAUUUUCUUUUUUAAAGUAUGUAUUCCCCUCAUGGCCCAGCAGGUUUCUGAACCCAACCAAGCAAGGAUGAGCUCUUGACUCUCUCCUUGUUGAAAAUCAGAAAUUCUGCUGCUUUUGAUUCUCCAGAAUUUAUACCACUGGAGGAUUAUACUUCAUUGUAUUUCUUUAUCAAUAGUAUUUAUAAGGGAGAUUUUUUUCCAUCCCCUGAACCACCAUAGCUGUGGAAUGAAACCAAAAUAUUUAAUCUCUUUUUAACAUGAAA